AUUAACGAGAAGCGAUCAAAAUGGUGAACAAUAUGGAUCACGGUUUGCCCAAGUUUUCUCUUCUAGGUUAUGAUGAUUGGAAGAUCAUGAUGGAAGCACACCUUUACGCUCUACAUGAUUGCAUGUGGAUGGUGCUUGAGGAUGGACCCUUGAAAAUCCAAAUGGAGAAUCUUGAGAGGAAUCCAGCAACUCCAGACGUAGUCCAGUACAUUCCAAAGCCCAAGGAAAAAUGGGAUGAUAGAGAUUGCAAAAAGCACAAUCUGGAUAACGUCGCCAAAGCAGCCAUCUUCAAGACACUUGACCCCAUCACCUUCUCCAAAAUUAAGCACCUCAAGACUGCCAUGGAGGUAUGGCAAGGUCUUGGGAAGCUAUGUGAGGGUUUAGAGGACUUGAGAAAGCAGAAGAUAGAAGUCCUGCUUGAGAAGUUCAAAAGCUUCAAAAUGCUUCCCGGAGAAUCAUUUGAUAUGCUGGAUGAAAGAUUCCACAAAAUCUUGAAUGAUCUUGCAUCACUUAACCACGUUCUUUCUCCCAAAGAAAAGAAUGUAAGGUUGCUGAGAUCUCUUCCAACUGAGUGGAAGCCCGGCCACUGGAAGUCAGCGUGCCCGUACCCAAAAGUGGAGAAGUACAGAGAAAGAGAAAGGAACGAGAAGAAAAAGAAGGCAAUGGUUGCUGCUGAAAGUGACGAGUCAUCCAGCUCAAGCUCGGAUGAAGAAGCUCUCGUCUGCAUAGAGCGCAGAGCUGAAAAGUCCAACCAUGAGGAUAGGUGGACCAUGUCAGAAGAUGACACUCUCUGCCUAAUGGCCAAAGAUGAUGUUGAUCAAGAGGUAACCUCACAAACCUCCUGCUCAUCUUCUUAUGAAAGCAUACCAACUUCUGAAAAUGUUUUUGACCAGUUCAAAAAGAUGAUGAAAGACUUUGAGGAGAUAAAUCUCAAACAUUCUUCCUUAACAGAGGAGAACAAACUAUUGAGUGAAGAGAAUCUCAAGUUCACUGAAGGUCGGAAAAGUCAACUGAAUGAGAUCACUCAACUCAAGACUGAAAAUGAAUCUCUCUCUGAAAAGGUGAAAUCCCUUAACAAAGAACUAGGGACUCUUAAGUCAAAAGAGGCAGUGGAUAAGCUUCUUGAAACGACCAAACAUAAGGGUCGUGAAGGACUUGGGUUUGACUCCUCUAGCUAUAAAAGGAAAGGGAAAAAAACUUUCAUCCCUCCUAAACCUACUGCUAAACCAAAUAAGCAGAAAGGGAAGGAAAAGGAAAAACCAAUAGAAGUUUCCAAAAAGGUAGUCCCUCCUAAGAACUAUAGGAAGCUGGACAAACCUCAAAAAGGAAAUAAUUUCAGAAGAAAACCUUUUAACCCCCAUUAUACACGAGGCUAUACCCAUUAUGGGGUAGACAGGAGUUUUCCAAGAAAUUCUGAGUGGAGAACUAUGCCAAGAUAUAGUCACCCUCCACCCCAGAAGCUAUUUGUGCCACCUAAGUAUGCUUAUAACCGACACAGGACACACUAUGCACUACCUAGACAAAAUCAUAGGUCUUAUCAACCUGGGUUUGCUAGGAGGAAACAGGAAAUAACACCUCGUGCACGUAGGAAGUUUUAUGCCUACAACCAUGAUUACAAUCCCAACAAGUUUAGAGCUGCAAGGAAGAUUCCCUGCAACUUCAAACUUGAUGAAGCCACUAAGUACCCAGGUGUCUGGUACUUAGACAGUGGCUGUUCAAGACACAUGACGGGUGAUGCGAGCCUUUUGAGCAAUCUAAUUCCCUAUGAUGGUCCAAGAGUUACUUUUGGAGGAAGCAAUGAUUUCGGCCUUACUAAAGGGCUAGGAAAUCUGGUGUACAAGGGACUAACCAUCCAAGCUGUAUCUUAUGUUGAAGGGCUCAAUUACAACCUUCUUAGCAUAAGUCAGUUUUGUGAUAAAGACAAGGAUGAAGAAGUCAAUAAAGGAGAUAGAAUAAAACCCACGGAAUUCAUUCCAUUCAGAAGUCUGCCUCUGAAGAUUUCACAGAAAAAUCCGGAUUCAGACACUGCUGAGCCCUCCGGAAAUUUUGACCAGCCUUCCAAUAUUCCGGAUAUCUCAAACGGCGACAAUUCCGGAAAUGGCAACUCAGUGCCAAUCCAUCCGGAAACACCAACAACUUCUGUUCUUCAACCAGAAGCUGAACUAGAUCAACCAGUCAAUCCCAAUCAACACAAUCUUCGUUG